AGGGUUUCCUGUCAGGUUGUCCGGCGGCACCGGGCGUUUGCGUGUGAGCAGUAGCCUGGUUGGUUUUUUUAAAAAUAGUAACCAGGAACUAACUGAUAUUUACCAAGCACGGAGUGGUGUGCUAAGUGCCUUUCGCACACAUGAUGAGUGAAGAAUUAAAAGAAUCACAAGAUAAUGUUUUUCCUGAAUUGACUUCUAUUUGACAAGUGUUAUCUGUAAAGAAGAUCAUUGUUAAACAGAAGAUUGAACAAAGCCUUAUAACUUUGAACCUGGAUUAUAGAUUUAUAAAAGAAAGUUAAAAUUAGUCAUUUUGAUUUUGGUGUUCCAAUUUCAUAAUAUAUACUUAUCCAGGUAGAUUUAGGGAACAGAAAUUAAGAUUUGGUGCUAUACCAAAGGAUGCACUAAUAUUUGUUCUAGCAUUCUUGUUUUCUUUUUGUGUGAGAGGAGAGAAGUAGAUAUAUAAGAACUGAGUUGAUACAUAAUGAAAUAUACUAAAUGCAAUUUUGUUAUGUCAGUUCUUGGCAUAAUAAUCUAUAUAACUGAUUUAAUUGUAGACAUCUUGGUAUCUGUCAGAUUUUUUCAUGAAAAACAAUAUAUUUUUGGUGUUUUAACAUUAAGCUUUAUGCUUUUUGGAACACUUGUGGUCCAGUGUUUUAGUUAUUCUUGGUUCAAGGCUGAUUUAAAGAAAGCAGGUCAAGAAACUCAACCUUGUUUUCUUCUACUUCAUUGCUUGCAAAUGGGAGUUUUUACAAGGUACUGGUUUGCUCUGAAAAAUGGUUACCAUAUAGCAUUCAAAUAUAGCAGCAAAACUAGUAACUUCAUGGAAGAACAAAUUGAUCCACAUAAAGAAGUUAUAGAUAGAGUGACUGAUUUGAGCAUGCUCAGACUGUUUGAGACCUACCUGGAAGGCUGCCCUCAACUUGUUCUUCAGCUCUACAUCUUUCUGGAGCAAGGUCAAGCGAAUUUCAGUCAGUAUUUGUCUGUCGUGGUCUCUUGCUGUGCUGUUUCUUGGUCAGCAGUUGAUUAUCAAAUAGCCUUAAGAAAAUCCUUGCCUAAUAAAAAUCCCCUUAAUGGAUACUGUCCCAAAGUCACGUAUCUCUUUUAUAAGUUAUUUACAUUGUUAUCUUGGAUGCUUAGUGUGGUACUUCUACUAUUCUUAAAUGUUAAGGUUGCUUUAUUUUUAUUGUUAUUUAUUUGGCUUUUAGGUAUAAUGUGGGCAUUUAAACAACAAACUCAGUUUUGUACUUCUUUUAGUAUGGAACUCUUAUAUAGGACUGUUGUUGGAUUUAUUCUUAUUGUUACAUUUUUUAACAUUAAGGGCCAGAAUACCAAAUGUCCAAUGUCCUGUUAUUAUAUUGUAAAGGUACUGACCACACUGGGGAUACUGGUUGUGUUCUGGGUUUACCCACUCUCUAUUUUUAAUGCAGAUUAUAUUAGACCUAUCAGUAUCACUAUAGUUCUUACUCUUCUCCUUGGAGUUAUUUUUCUUAUUGUUUAUUAUGGGAUUUUUCACCCAAACAAGACUGAAGAAACAGAGUUUGAUGAAAUUGAUGGAAAAUCAGUUCAAAGAGAUUGUAGAAUAAGAUAUUUUCUAAUGGAAUAAGCUAUUCAUUUGGGAGAUUUUAAAAAUUUUUGCUUCAUUGAUUAAUAAAGAAAAUACAUGUUGGGUAUGGGUUGUCUCUUAU